AUGGGUACGGUCAUCAUUUUCCCCAGGUCUGGCCUGACCCUUGCUAACGUCUUGGCUGUCCAGCUCCCAAAGAAGAAGGAGGUCCAGAAGCUCUCUCUGAAUGAGUUCAUGAACGACAACUCAUUCGGAGGUGGAGGCAGCAACUGGGCCGAUGAAGUUGAGGAGACCUAUGGCACUCAACCCCUCCCCGCCUCCGACCGCCGCGGCGCCGGUGGAGUCAGCACCUAUGGCUCAGGCUUUGGUGGUUCCAGCGACAGAUACGCAGGCUAUGCUCGCCAGGAGCGCGAAUUCCCACAGGAACUCCCUACCAAGCCUCCCUACACUGCCCACCUCGGCAACCUCUCCUACGAUGCGACCCAGGAAUCUGUGACCGACUUCUUCGCCGGCUGCGAAGUCGUCAGCGUUCGCAUAGUCGAGGACAGAGCUGAGAUGCGUCCCAAGGGCUUCGGGUACGCCGAGUUUGCCACCGUCGACGGCCUGAAGAAGGCGCUUGAGCUCGAGGGACAAAGCUUCGAGGGCCGCAAUAUCCGUAUCCGUAUCGCCGAUCCACCCAAGGACAGACACGGAAAUGAGAGCACCAGGGAUUUCUCCGACUGGUCGCGAAAGGGUCCCCUGGCCCCAGAGCCUCCUCGCAACGACCGACGUGGUCCCCGCGAUUUCAACGAGCCUCGUGCCCCUCGCGACGGACCAGGCGAUGACUCGAGAAUGAAGGACAUAUCCUGGGAGAGGAAGGGACCUCUGAUGCCACUCUCUCCUCCUCCCAUGGAGCGUGGCGGUUCCCGCGGCGGCGGAAGCCGAUCCCGAACUACCGACAGUGAGCGGGGCGAUUCAUUCCGCGACAGGAGAGCGUCGCCUUGGGGCCCCGGUGAAGGGCGCCAGGACGGAUCCCGACCGCCUCGCCGCGAGUUUGUCGAGCGGCCGGAGAGGGCUCCUACCGCUGCUGAAACCAACAACCAGUGGCGCUCUGCCAUGCGACCCGAUCCUCCUGCUGCUCAGUCACCAGUCCCGUCUCGUCCCGCCAGUGAGGCGCCGUCUUCACCCGCACUAGCACCUGCUGCCCCCGCCGCCACCGGUGGCCGCCCCAAGCUUAACCUGGCCAAGCGUACUGUCUCUGAGGCCCCUGGUGUCCUGUCACCUUCUCUCACAUCCGACUCCAAAGCUAGUCCCUUUGGUGCGGCCAGGCCUAUUGAUACUGCCGCUCGUGAGAGGCUGAUCGAGGAGAAGCACCAGCAGGCGCUCAAGGAGAAGAAGGAAGCCGAGGAGAAGGCGAAAGAAGAGCGCCGACUGGCCAAGGAGGCUGCCGAGAAGGAGGCCGCCGAAAAGGAAGUUGCCGAGAAGGAGGCCGCCGAGAAAGCAGCUGCCGAAAAGGAAGCUGCCCCGGCUACCAACACCAAUGGCGAUGCGGAGAAGUCAGAUGCUCCGGGCACGGAUGCUACACAAGAUGCCGCAGCUGCUGAGACAGAGAAGACUGAGAAUGGCGAUAAUGCCGCAAAUCCAUCAGAGAAGGGCGCCCCGCGCGCGCCAGCGGCUGCCCCGUCACGAGCGACCGAGAGCGGAAACUGGAGACAGUCAACAGGAGAGCGAGGUAGCCGCGGAGGGUAUUCAGGCCGAGGAGAGCGCCGUGGAGGCGGUGGCCCUCGGGGUGGGCGCGGCUUUGAUGAGCGUCAGCCCAGCCGUGGUAGCCGUGGAUAUGAGGAGCGCCAAUUCAGCCGUGGUGGUGGCCGUGGACUUGAGGAACGCCAGCCCAGCCGCCGCGGUGGCGAACCGUCGACCCCUACCACCCCUACUGUUGACGAAGACGGCUGGACCACCGUCUCUGGCGCCGCGAAGAACCGUCGCGGCCGCCCUGUUGCCUCUUGA